CGGGACGGACCUUAGACUUUGGGUCAGUCAGGACAAGAUAAUAAAUCAGACAGUCGUCGAGGAAGUAAAAAGUAUCCUAUUAGCAACACUUAUCAUAUCACGGACUCAUUCAAUCCCAGUGAUGGUAAUCGUCUGCAGUUCCCACUGAUUUUGUCGUCCGAUUAAGACACUGGACGAAUGAUUCACCGCGUGUUUCAGAUAAGCUGUAUGACGGGACUUCGCACAGCAUGAAGAUGGUACAGCAAUAUACCGUGGGCUUCAUGUGUCAGUUUCGGCUUCAGAUGUACCCGUUCGAUACGCAGCAGUGCAUUCUGACUUAUAAUAUCUCCAAUAUGCGAGAUAAUUAUGAGUUUGUGAAGGGUGGCGUAGACUUCACAGGGGAAAGGAGACUCUUAGAAUACAUGCUGGUUAAAGAACAGAUGAUUAGCCAGGUGAAAAAAGGUCCUGGGGCUGUGCAGGUAUUUUUCAAGUUUAAGAACCAAUACGGUUACUACAUCGGUAAUGCUGUCGUUCCUAGUCUUUUUAUGGUCGUCAUCUGUUAUGUGACGCUGUUUUUCGACCUGCAUGAUUUUCAGGACCGCAUCAUGGUAUCCCUGACGUCACUCCUGGUUUUGGCAGCCUUGUUCAGCCAGACGAGCCAGUCGAUACCCAAAACGGCCUACCUCAAGCACAUCGACGUGUGGUACAUCGUCCUCAUCACCAUCGACUUCCUGAUCAUCAUUAUCCUCGUCAUUAUCGAAAAUCUGCGCAUGAUGGAAUCGCCCUCGUCUAGUUCCAGGAUGUUCAUCCAGGUGGCGCCAGCGACGGACUAUAAGGAGCAGCAAGCGAAGAAGGAUUUCUCUCCAACGCCUUCGAGAAGGGAUCGGAAUCGGUGCUUCUUCUGGUCGGCGAUGAAGGUGAAUCGGGGUUCGAUCUUCUUCUUGCCCAUCGCCACGAUUAUCUUUUGUCUCGUCUUCUUCGUCACCGGUUUCAUCACUUAUAACUCCAAAUGAAAUGGAGUGAAUAUAGAAGCUCAAUUGUAGAUUUUCACAAUUCGUUUAUUUUAUAUUCCAUUUUUACGGUAGAUUCUAGUGAUGAAAGUCAACAGGUGAUCGAUCGUCUUGCCCGUCGCAACGAUCGGCUUUUGUCUCGUCUUCUUCGUCACGGGUUUCAUCGCUUAUAACUCCAAGAAAAAUAAAGAUAUUUUUGAAUGGAAACGGUUUAUGGAGACUAGAGACCCUUUAUAUUUAAAAGCUCAAUUGUAGGAUUUUGCAUUGAUUUUCUUUCUUAUUCUUUUUCACUGUAGAUUCUUGUGAUAAAGGUCAAUAAAGGAUCGACUGUCAUUUGUCUGUCUUCAUCACGGGUUUCAUCGCUUAUAACUCCAAGUAAAAUAAAAGGGUAUCUGAGCACGACU